AUGUACAAGCGUGGUUUUGAUAUGAAUCCAGAGAGGCAUUACUUGAGUUGCGGUUUCCCCACUGCUAGAGUUGCCAAACUGAUAGUGACCAUGAGUGGAAAUUUGCCUCACCCUCCCCUAUCGUCAACCCGGCCACCCACGUCUGAUCUUGUAGACGACGUAGCCCUCUUCAGCUAUGACUGGAAUACGCCCGGCAAUUUGCAGGAGGAUUCAUCCGAUCCAUCAUCCACCACAGCAUCCGAAAGUUCAAACCCCUUCUACGAGUCACACGUCGACACUGCGAAGCAAACACCCAAUCCGAAAAUCGCCAUUCCUCGAGCCACAAACACAAAACCAAUAUCCAAUCCUGGCCGAGUCUCCCGAGCAUGUGUAAACUGCCGGGAGCAAAAGGUGAAAUGCAGUGGCCACCGUCCUACGUGCCAUCGAUGCCAAAUGUCCGAUGUGACAUGUAUCUAUGGUGAUCGCAAGCGUGAGAAAAUGGUCAAACAACUUGAUGAUUUGACAGCUCAGGUCGAAACGUACGAGAACCUCCUGCGAAAUAUCUAUCUCCAUCCCGAUCAUCAUCCUGACACGUCUGUCAAUCAAUCCGGCGCAGCAGACGCACAUUCUCAGCCACUGAGCCAAAUUUCAACCGCUUCUUUGGCAUCGACACUUCCCCGACGAGGAUCAGACAAUGCCAACACACCAUCUUACACCAGAAGCCACGUGGAUUUCGUCGAUGAAGAUUUUAACCGUGAUGCAGAAGCGCAAGCUACCGGUUUCAUCGGUGGACACUCGGCCAUAAAGUGGCUGCACCAGCUCAUGCGGUUUCUUGAAGAAAAGCACCCGACACCAGGCAGCCUCCAGAAGGACGAAGACAUCAAAUCACUGUCAUCUGUGAACUACUUUCUUGAUGAAUCAGGAAUUGUAGUCUCAGAUAAUGUGACUAUAAUGGAACGACCGUCGCAAGCAAUCGCUGAUCAACUUGUCGACAACUACUUCAGUGUCACACACGAGUCUUUUCCGUUUCUUGGGAAGGGUCUUUUCAUCAGUCAGUGCCGAGCUUUCUAUUCGAAAUCAAAUCUACGACCGGGAAGAAGGUGGAUGGCGGUGUUGAACAUGGUGUUCGCCAUUGGCGCAAGACAUUCUUGCCUUGCAUCUUGCCAUGCUCUGCACGACCAUGACGGCCGUGAAGAACAUGCAGUAUAUUUCUCACGGGCAUGGCAGCUCAACACGCAUGAUGCUGCAUCGUUUAGCCAUCCCAAUCUACAGCAAGUACAAGUGGAAGCACUGGCCUCUUUCUACCUUCUUUCUCUUGGACAAGUCAACAGGGCAUGGAGAAUGUGUGGCAUCGCAGUACGCUCGGCGCAGGCUAUGGGUAUUCAACUUCGCGAUGAAAGUCCUAGCACCUCAAAUCUGUCCAAAGAAGCUAGGUAUCGACUCUGGUGGGGUCUUUACUUGUUAAAUAACCUUGUUUCUGGGAUAACUGGUCGUCCAUUUGGUAUGCAGAGGGCAGACUGCGCUACACCCCUUCCGGUGCCUUAUAGAGAGGAGGAAUUUGGAGAGGAGCAUGUCAUGCAACUUCUUACAAAUAGUGAAUCCCGGCGCAUUUUGAUGUCAUCCUUGCAUUUCCAAUUGCCCAGGAAGGACAUGUUGGACAGCCCCAUAGCUCAAACCCCCAUCCAUGUCGCGUCUAGAGAGGAAGGACGCAAUGAGCAGGCUCGGGCCACUGCGGCACAGUACCUGUCGAUGAAGGCGUCACUGUAUUUUACAUACUCCGUUGACUUGGCGGCCAUCAUGGAGGAAGCAAUCGGCACUUUGUUCUCCCAAAUAGCUGCUCCGAGAUCGUGGCUGCAAAUUGAACUUGCGACUUCGGCACUCAAUGAGUCUGCUGAACGUUGGCUCUCUCGGCUUCCUGUGUCCUAUCAAUUCACAGGAUCUGGAGUAAACAGACCUGAUGUCUUGCAACACACAAGUCUUGCGUUCCAGUUCUAUUCCACCAGGCUCGUGAUCACGCAGCCAUGUCUGCAUCGUGUCGUGUACGGGGCACCGGAAGAUGGCCCACCAAGCACUCUCUGCAGCUCCAUGGCGGCCACAUGCAUUCAGGUAGCAGGUCAAAUACUCGAUCUCCUACCGAGCGACCCGGAUGUCGCGUGGCUGUAUGAAUGCUCUCCGUGGUGGUGCAUGCUUCAUUAUAUCAUGCAGUCUGUGACUGUGCUAAUGAUGAACCUUGUGGUUCGGCCAAAGGAGGGUACAGCGGAGAGUGCCAACAUUGGGGCAAUGAUCAGAAAGGCCAUCCUAUGGCUGAGCAACAUGGCUACCAAGGAUCCUGCCGCAAUGCGAGCUCGGCUUCUGUGCAUAGAUAUUCUAUCACGGCAUGGCUUGAGACCUAGCAUGGAAAUUGAUGCCGAAUUCUAA